CAUGGAUAGAUAGAGAGAGAUAGGAUAUAUAGAUAGGACCAUUCCAUUCUUGUUUAGUUUCAGAUAACCAACCAAAUUUCACUGUCCAUUCUUAUUCUUCCUAAAUCUCUCUCUGUCCAAUCCCUUUGAUUUCACCAAAAAGGGCACAACCAUUCUUCAUUCAGUUAACAUAGCACAAGCUCAAGCUCAAGCUCAACCCAGUUAACUCACAAGAUUUUGUGUCUCACGGUCAACAUGGAGAUCGAUAAAGCAAUUAGAGAGUGUGAGGAUCGAAGACUUCAGACCAAGUACAAAAACGCCACCAAUGUUAUUCAGAGAGCUUUGGCUUUGUAUUCUAUUGAGGAGGUUGCCUUCAGUUUUAAUGGUGGAAAGGAUUCAACGGUUUUGUUGCAUCUACUCAGGGCAGGCUAUUUCUUGCAUCAAGGGGGGCAUAAUAGUGCCAAUGGGGAUCUAAAAGAUUUUCCAAUUCGAACAAUAUAUUUUGAGAGUCCUUGUGCUUUCCCAGAAAUCAACUCAUUUACCUAUGAUACAGCUGCUACCUAUGGUUUGCAAAUUGACACCAUUCGCUUAGAUUUCAAGUCUGGUUUGGAGGCUUUGCUAAAGGAUAAGCCAAUUCGAGCUAUUUUCCUUGGAGUUCGAAUUGGAGACCCUACUGCGGUUGGUCAAGAACAAUUCUCCCCUAGUUCACCUGGUUGGCCACCUUUCAUGAGAGUGAAUCCCAUUUUAGAUUGGUCAUACAGAGACGUGUGGGCCUUCCUUUUAACUUGCAAGGUGAACUAUUGCAGCCUUUAUGAUCAAGGUUACACUUCAAUUGGGAGCAUCUAUGACACUGUUCCCAACUCAUUAUUAUCCAUUAGCAAUUCUUCCAAUAAAUUCAAACCAGCAUAUUUGCUUGCUGAUGGAAGGCUAGAGAGGGCAGGGAGGGUUAAAAGGUUAUCGUCUACUUGUGGACAACUUCCUGCAAGCAAUGGCUUGGCUUGUCUGGAUUUGCAUAAAAACGGCAUGCUCACAGCAUCAAUCAUUGCUGUGGGAGAUGAGAUUCUGUUUGGCAUUGUUGUGGAUCAGUUGGGACCUUAUUUGUGUGGGAAGCUGCAUUCCAUUGGUUGGUCUGUGCUGCAACUUUCUGUUUUACACAACAAUAUAGAUUCUGUAGCCGAAGAAGUUGAGCGACAGAAAUCUAUAAGUGAUAUGGUAUUUAUAUACGGAGGUGUAGGUCCACUUCAUUCAGAUGUUACCAUAGCAGGCAUUGCAAAAGCUUUUGGUGUUCGUUUGGCUCCUGAUGAAGAAUUUGAAGAAUAUCUCAGGCAUACUAUUGGUGAUCAGUGUACUGGUGACCGGAAUGAGAUGGCUCAAUUGCCUGAGGGCAUAACUGAAUUAUUGCAUCAUGACAAGUUGUCCGUACCCUUGAUCAAGUGCCAAAAUGUAAUAGUACUAAGUGCAACAAAUGAUCUGGAGCUGGAAAAGCAGUGGGACUGUUUGAUUGAAUUAACAAAAUCUAGUGACCUACUAACGUUGCUGGAACCGUAUGUUUCAAAGCACGUGACAACUUAUCUAUCAGAUGUUGAAAUUGCUCAACCUCUGUCAAAGCUUUGUCUUGAAUUUCCAGACCUUUAUAUUGGGUGUUACCGCAAAGCCAGACAUGGAUCUCUUAUAGUCAGUUUCAAAGGAAAGGACCAAGCACGCCUUGAAUCUGCUAUAAAAGCUUUACACAAGAAGUUUCAACAGAAUGAGAAUGUAGCUUUCAUGGAGAUGAACUAGGAUGAUGUUCUACAUGCCAUUAUGGUCCAUUUCUACUGGAUGCCAACAGAAUCAGAAUCUUUUUUGGGUGGGGAUCAUAUCAUUCUCGUAUUAUCUACAAAUAUAAGAUGCAUUGGGAUGGAUAAAGAUGGACUUGGAAGAAAAUCAUUGGUGCUGCUGUCUUGGUAAAAGAAAGAACAAUGGUGCAAAGAGGUGACUGAAGCUUCAAUUCUAUUGUGAUACACAACACAUAUGCUUCAAGGGGAUUGGACAACCAAUUGAUUAUUAUUGAAUUAUUAUUAAAUAUUCUCAAUUUGCAGCACUGGUCUACAAAUAAAUAUACAGGCUUUUUCAUUGAAAAUUCCAUCAGUUAAACCUUUAAAUUAGCAGCUGGAAUUGCAUCAUCAGCUUUGGCUGCUAUUUACCUGACUUUGAUGUUUAUUCAAACAUGCUUGCUCUCUCUAUAGCUGGCAAGAAGCAAGACCAUUUGGUGUAUGAACCAUUUAGCCAAUUUUUUUAAGGGUUAUGUUUAUCUCAUUUUACAUGAGAUAAACAAUUU